ACAGACAGCGUAUCAAAGCAUCUAUGACUCCUGCUCAGGCGGCUGCUGCGAGAAAAUUGAAAAACGAAAGACAACGCAAAAACAGAUUACGCCAAGCUGCUAAAGUUAGUAGCUGUAGCCAAGUGGCUAUUGCCAGUAAUUCUCUUGAAACGACAACUACAUCUCCAUCUCGUUCAGGGGAAGAGUCGAACAAUGUCCAAACUAGAAGUGAACGACAACACGCGCAACAACAAUCUACUACCACUGCAGAUCAACCUGAUGAGCGUGUCAAUCUCACAAAUGAGCCACUCUUUCCUGCAAUUCCUGUUCCCAUGGAGAUUCAAGAAGCUGUUGCAUCUACCUCUGCGACGCUAUUUGCAAAACCAACAACUGCUGCUCCAAAAACAAGGGCACAAAUACAACGUGAGUACAGACAGCGGAUUGCUGCAUCCAAAACUGCUGCACAGAGAGCAGCUGCAAGAGAAGCACGUAAUCGAAGAGAUCGAAACAACAGAUUACGCCAAGCUGCUAACUUGGUUAUUGCCAGUGGUUCUCUAGAAGCGACAACUACAUCCUCAUCUCGUUCAGGACAAAGAUUUCCACGUCCGGACCGUGAAGAAAGGGGAAAAUGGAUAAAAUUUGUCCAAAUUAAUCGCAGUGAAAAGAACUGGUUACCAUCCCAUUAUUCUCACGUAUGUUCAUUGCAUUUUCGCGAAGAGGAUAUAUAUACCACAAAAGAGGGAAGGCGUUAUCUGAAGAAAUCUGCUGUUCCUUGUAUUGAUAUGCCAAGGCCGUUCGGGAAAAGCUCACGUAAGAAAAUUCACGCUUGUAGACGUAACUUAGAGGAGAGAAAUCGAAAAAGCAGCUUGGGUAUCUCGUUAGAUCACGAUAAGAAGUAUGGAAUUCCAAUAAUUGCAUCCUCAACAAGCAACCAGCCAACCAGCCAACAACAAACUGAUGAAGAAACGUUGACCCAAGUGAAGAUUGAAGUAGAAAGUGAUGAUGCUGCGUCCACCGGCUCCGGACCGGAUGAGAUAAAAACCGAAAUCUGUUUCAGUGAUCACGAGAUCACGGCACCCAGUACUUCUGCAGCAGAACCUCCUGCCAAGCGGCAGAAGACCCAAAUCGAUGAUCUAAACGCAAAGAUUGACGAAUUAAAAGAAAUCAUACUUAAUAACAAUGACAACGAUGAAUGUCUCGUCUUCGGGAAGUACAUAGGGUUCCAACUGCAGAAGAUGACGUAUGAAACCAGGACGCUCUGCCAGUUGAACAUACAGAAGUUGUGCUCUGAGGCGCUUCUCAACCAAAUACGAGAAGGGACCAGCAUAACAGUGGACGUGGUUCAAAAUAUGAACAAUUAAAACGCAUAACAUUUGACGGUUCAAGUCUGAAUUUUAGUGGAAAGUGUUUUUGUGUAAUGAGGGAAUUCCAGGUUCUACUGCAUUCCCGGACAAUGUGGAAGGAACUAUAGCUUAUAAGUGGACUUUAUUUAAUUUUUCAUUAAAUGCGACAUAUUUCGUCUAUGGAGGGUUAUACGGCUGUAUAACUACCAAAAUAAUUUUCACCGGAAUGGACGCUAUGUGAUUUGCCAAGUUCCUUUUGUCAAAAUAUUUUUAAAAUAUUAUUUUAUGUAUAAAUUGUACUACCUAGUUACCUACUUGAUUAUUGAUUGUUUUGCCAGAUUUUUUUCAUUUCGAAAUUUUCGGGAUAACCUUUUAUAUCGACUUAGAAUGUAAGAAACGUCUCAUUUUUUUAAUAAUUUGCAAUGUGUUAUAAUUAUUAUUAUAGCAUAUAUAUGUUAAACUAUGAUGCUAUACUCUAGGUGUUUCAAUUGAUUUCUGAUGUUGUAAUAUUCUUUAUUUCUUU